AUGGCAUCCGAGAAUUCAAACGGAGGUGUUGCUGUCAAUGGCACGCCCGAUUUUACCGUCAAGGCUGGUUUGGCUCAGAUGUUGAAGGGCGGUGUUAUCAUGGACGUCGUCAAUGCCGAGCAGGCCCGCAUCGCUGAAGAAGCCGGUGCCGCGGCUGUCAUGGCCCUCGAGCGCGUGCCCGCCGAUAUCAGAGUCCAAGGAGGCGUUGCUCGCAUGUCCGACCCAUCCAUGAUCAAGGACAUCAUGGCCGCAGUUACCAUCCCCGUCAUGGCCAAAGCCCGUAUCGGCCAUUUUGUCGAAUGCCAGAUCCUUGAAAGCAUCGGAGUGGACUACAUCGACGAAUCCGAAGUCCUCACCCCCGCCGAUGACAAAUACCACGUCAAAAAAUCCACCUUCAAAGUCCCCUUUGUCUGCGGCUGUCGCAACCUCGGCGAAGCCCUCCGCCGUAUUUCUGAGGGUGCAGCCAUGAUCCGCACAAAGGGUGAAGCGGGGACAGGCGACGUCGUCGAAGCUGUUAAACACAUGCGCACCGUCAACGAUCAAAUCUCGCGUGCCCGCGGUAUUCUGUUGGCAUCAUCAGACCCGGAAAUCGAGCUAAGGGCUUAUGCACGCGAACUCGAAGUUCCAUAUGAGUUGUUGCGCGAAACUGCUGAGAAGGGUAGACUGCCCGUCGUCAAUUUCGCGGCUGGUGGUGUUGCGACGCCCGCUGAUGCUGCGCUUAUGAUGCAAUUGGGCUGUGAUGGUGUGUUUGUUGGAUCCGGUAUUUUCAAGUCGGGCGAUGCACGAAAGAGGGCAAGGGCGAUUGUGCAGGCCGUUACGCAUUAUAAUGAUCCUAGAGUUUUGGCGCAGGUUAGUGAAGGGUUGGGUGAGGCGAUGGUGGGAAUUAAUGUGUCGCAGAUGGAUGCGAAGGAUAAGUUGGCUGGAAGGGGGUGGUAG